AUGGGCCAGCACGCUGCCGCCUCGACGUCGACGCCCCGCGCCGGCAUGUCGCCGGGCGACUUUAUGUUCGGCAUGGUGCUGGGCCAAGGCUCGUUCGCCAAGGUCUACCACGCGCAGUUCAAGCGCACGGGCGCCAACUUUGCCAUCAAGGUCAUGGACCAAGAGUUCAUCAAGCGCCACAAGAAGGUGCCAUUUGUCGUCAUGGAGCGCCAGGUCAUGUCCAAGCUCUCGCACCCCAACAUCGUCAAGUUCUACUGCAGUUUCAAGGACGACGACAGCUUGUACAUGGUCAUGGAGCUUUGCCGUGGCGGCGAACUCUUGCAUUUCAUCUGCAAGGAGCGCGACCAGUACCGCCAGCAAGGCAUCCAGGACCACGCCUGCACGGCGUCCGUCGCGCAGUUUUACAUGGCGCAGCUCGUGUGCGCACUCGAGUACAUGCAUUCGAACAACGUUAUCCAUCGCGACCUCAAGCCCGACAACAUUCUCCUCACCGAGCAAGGGCAGCUCAAGGUGACCGACUUUGGCACGGCCACCACGGGCGACAACCAAGACGAAAACAACAACUUUUGCGGCACGGCCGAGUACCUCUCGCCCGAAGUUCUCAACGACCUGCCCGCGUGCAUCGGAAGCGACCUCUGGGCGCUGGGCUGCAUCAUCUUCCAAAUGUUGGUCGGGCGCCCGCCGUUCCGCGGCGAGAACGACUACUUUACCUUUCAGGACAUUUUGACCCAUGACAGCGACACGAUGGAGUUCCCAGAGUCGGUCCCUGAGCCGGCGCGGGACCUCGUGCGGAAGCUCCUCGUGCGCGACCUCCAGUUGCGCCUGACCGACUAUGCGACGAUCAAGGCGCACCCGUUCUUUGACGGCAUCGACUGGGAGACGGUCGCCACGACGCGCAGCCCCGUGACGCCGGACGUUGUGACGCUCCCGACACCCACGAUCGACGGCGCGGCGCCCAACUGGUCGAUCGCCGGCGCCUUCUCGGACAUGGCGAGCCCGUUUGCCGAGACGGACUUUCCGCUGCCGGUCGCGUCGCGCAUCUCCAACCACAACAGCCUCUCGCUGCGCAACAGUGCGACAACCGCGCACAGCGGUCUUCUCGACAACAACGAGUCGGUGCUUUUCCAGUCCGAAGUAAAGUUGCACGCGGCUAUGUUUAUGAAGAAGCCGAGGGAGCUGCUCUUCACGUCCAACGGCCGCCUCAUCCUCAUCGACACCAAGACCAACACGCACGACAUCUUUCAUUGGGACGUGCGCUACAUGCGCGUCGUGCCGAAAGGCGACUCGACGUUUGAGAUUCGCACGACAUCGUCGUCGUUCAAGAUCACCGACCCGACGCAUGGAUCCCACCACUGGGUGCAAGUGCUCACGGGCUUUACGAAGCGAUAG